AUGUCGUUAUCUCUCUUAUUAGAAAAAUACGAUGUAUCCACUGAAGAAGGUCUACAGAAGGCUCUAAAGGAAAUAGAGAAAGAAGAGUCGGAAGUCGAUAAUGCCCUGGCCAGUGCCCUUUCUCGGUCAUGUACACUGGAAGGGAAGCUACGAACUACUAGCCAAGCGUACACUAAGCUUGGAGAAGUAAAAAGGGAUGCAGAAGAAGCUGCAAACAUGGUAGAGAAGACUGCAUUACUUGCUCAGGAUGUCAGUGCUAAAGUUCGGCAGCUGGAUUUGGCAAGAUCAAGAGUUGCAGAAUGCCAGCGAAGAGUUCAUGACCUAAUUGAUCUUCAAUUGUGCAGUGCUGGUGUGGAGGCAGCUAUCAAAGCACAUGACUAUGAAACUGGCGCGCGACACGUGGCGCGGUUCCUGAGCAUGGAGCCGGGCUCGGUGGCGGCGGCCAGGGCGCGCGGAGCCGCCGACCCGCGCGACCACAUGGCGCGGGCGGCGCGCACGCUAAGCGACCACCUCGUGCGCAAAUUCGAGGAGGCGGCUCGGAAAGAAGACGACGUUGCGGUGGAGCGUCUCUUCAAGCUGUUUCCGCAGAUAGGACGGGCAGAGGAGGGCGUAGAUCUACUAGCCCAAUACCUAACCACUCAGAUGGAAUCGAAGAUCCGCAAGGCGAGCGGCGUGGAGGAGGCGGCCGGGGCGGGGGCGGGGGCGGGGGCGCCGCUGGCGGACGCGCUCACCCGCGUGCUGGAGGCGGGCGCGGCGGCCGUGCAGCGCGCCCGCGCCCUCCUCGCCCAAGCACAGCCCCACGCCCACGCCCAGCCCCAAUCCUGCGCCCAGCCCGCCGCCCACGCCCACAACCUGCUCCCACGCGCCCUGCGCCACCUGCAGCCCGCGGUGUGUGAUGGGGCGCGGCGCGUGUGGACGCGGCUGGAGCGUUCGCGCCGCCCCCUCCCGCCGGCCGCCGCCGCCGGCGCGCCCCCUCCGGCGGGCGCCUCGCCCCUCGCCGUGGAGCCGCCGCUCGCCGACCUGGCGCUGGCCCACUCGCGCCUGCACCUCUACUUCACAUUCCUGCGUAGGAACAUCGAGUCGGAUACUGCUACAUUACCAGAGGCCGAGAGGACUGCUUGCAUUGCGGAGGUGGAAAAGAUCAUAGCCGAGAGCGAUCUAAUGCGUACUGCCCAGGACAUCCUAAGCCAUUACCUGGAGUUGGAAAGGUAUUUCUUGGAGGAGAGCGUGAACAAAGCUUUGAGGCUGUCCAAUGCGCAGACAGAUGGCCCUUCCAGCUUUGUGGACGACGUCUUCUUCCUCGCGAGGAAAGUCAUUCGGCGCAGCAUCUCGGCGGGCAGCGUGGACGGCGCGUGCGCGGUGCUGAACGAGGCGGCGGCCGUGCUGGAGCGCGCGGCGGCGGGCUGGCUGCGCAGGCGCCUGGCCUCGCCGCCGCCGGAGCCGCUGCCGCUGCCGCCGCCCGCCCCCGCGCCCGCCCACGCCGCCGCCGCCGCCGCCCCCGCCGCGCCGGACCUCGACGCCCAGCGCGCCCUCUACUUGGAGCACCUGAACACGGCGGAGUCGGGCGCGGAGUGGUCGGAGCGGCUGGCGGCCGAGGCGGUGGCGCUGUGCGAGCCCUUGUGCUCUGCGGGGGCGGAGCUGGCCAAGCUGCGCUCGUGCGCGGCGGGGCUGGGCGGCGCGGCGGCCGCCUUCCGCCACGCGCGCCACCUGGCGCUGGCCGCGCUCGGCGCCGCGCUGCAGCCGCGCCUCGACGCGUGGGCCGCGCGCCUCGCGGAGCCCCUGCCGCCCGACGACGAGGCGGAGGAGGACGCGAGCGCGCUGCCCGCAGCGCUGGACGCGCUGAGCGAGGCGGCGCGCGCGCGCAUACCCAACGCGGCCGACGAGCUGCUCGCCAAAGUGGUGGCCGAGAUUACGGCGCGCGCGGAGCGGGCGGUGCUGCGCCACCACUACGACCGGGUGAGAUUCGGCGCGAACGGGCGGCUCCGUCCGGGGAAGUACCCGGAAGUACUUCCCAAGUACUACACAAGUCCGGGGAAGUACUUCGCGGAAGGUCGACGUGCGUUCCGUCUGCUGAGCGCGGUGGCCGGGGCCCGCUCCAUUGAAAGUUGGUGUAGCUUCUGCUACCGUGUUAUUGUGUUGCGAACUCAAGCGCAGGAGGGCGCGCUGGGCGUGGAGCGGCGCGCGCGGCGGCUGGCGGCGUGGGCGGGCGGCGGCGCGGCCGGCGCCAGGGACAAGUGCGCGCGCCUCACGCAGCUGGCGGCGCUGCUGGCGCUCGAGCGGCCGCACCACGCGCCCGACGCGCUGCGCCCCCAGGCUCGCCUCGCGCCCGCCCUGCUGCGCGACGUGCUCGCGCGCAGAACGGACUUCAAGAUGGAAGAAAUAAAACGUCUAAAGCUU